UGUGGCGUACGGCGGACAUCGAAUACCCUAACACCGGGCUCCUGUUGUUAUAAAAUCUGCAAUUAUGAUGAUGGAGAAGAAAAAAAACCUGUUUCUUUUCCGAAACCUGUAAUGACAAGAUAACACUUCGGAUAGCGAAAUAAUUAGGAGGAAUACGAGUUAAAUUGUGACGUAUUUGGGAACAUUUUUCGUUCUGUUUUGAGACGCUUUCCUGCCUUGAUAGAUGAUCAAUGAAGUCGGUCAUUUGGGGAUUCAAAACGAAACUAUUUUCUUACCUUAGUUUGACAUUUUACAAACACCACCCCCCCCUUUCUAUUCCUACAUCAAUAGGCCUAAGAAGACACAUUGCAGCCUAGUACAAUACCCCGUCUAAACGGAAACAGUCCCGCAGAUACAGCGUCUCAACUUGGAUCACUAAAUAUGAUUGGACUGAAGUACAACAUGUCUCUACCCAUGGCUGCAGGGGCGUUGUUAGUGGGCAUCCCCUACUCCAUCUCUCUCGUAGCUCAGUGGAUGUAUGGCUGGCCUAACAAGCCAGGCUAUAAAAAGUACAUUGAGGCUCUGAAGCCAAGGAGGAUAUACUGUCUGACUAGAGCUGUGCUGGAGAUGCUGAAAUACUUCCAGUACGGAAAACUCUACUUCCAGUGGAAGUCAUGGUACAAGAAUGUAGAAAACCACAAGCAUUAUGAAAAGGGAAUCACGUUUGGGCGUCGUAGUAACAAGCUGGAUUUGUAUUAUUCUCCCACGGUGGGCCAGCCAGGCAGUGGACCGGUGCCUGUGGUAGUGUUUAUAUACGGGGGAGCCUGGGGUUCAGGGGAGAGGUCCAUAUACUGUCUACUGGCCAUGCAGAUGGCUAAGGAGCUCAGCGCAACGGUGAUCUGCCCUGACUAUUGUACAUAUCCAAAGGGUAAUGUUUUGUGUAUGGUUCAAGAUAUUGCGGACUGUCUCAUUUGGGCGAGGGACAGCGGACAUAAAUUCAACUUCGACAAAGAUAACAUGGUGUUAGUCGGCCACUCCGCUGGGGCUCACCUAGCAGCUCUAACCGUGCUGUUCAUGGUCGAGGGACGAGACGAGCUCUUUAUAGAAGCCAAGAAGCAGACAGAGAUCACCAUGGCAAUCAGAGGAGUUACAGGUUUGAGUGGAGUGUACAACAUCGUGGACCACUAUGAACAUGAACAGAUGAGAGCUGUGGAGUAUGUCUCUACGAUGCACAAAGCCAUGAACGGACUAGAGAACUUCCCUUAUUACUCACCAACACACCUACUGAAGAAAUUCAGCGAGGCACAACUGAAAAGAGUUCCACCUUUCUGCUUACUCCACGGGACCAACGACAUCAUAGUUCCGGUGGAAUCUUCCCAGAGGUUCUCUGAGCUGCUCACGGCCCUGUCAAUCAAGGUGUCCCUGUACCUCAUGCCUAAAAUGGACCACACCGAGAUAGUCACCGAUCUCAUGGCGACAGACAGGCACUUCUACAAAACAGUGUACAGCUGCAUCAAACAGGAGUACAGCAAGUUCAUAGGCCAGGUCUGUGACUGCUGAACGAAACAACUAACACAAUACAUUAUUCAUUCAUGAUGUGCCGUAAUUCUUCUUGUUUACAUCUUCUUCUUUUUUUCAGUUAAUUAUUAUGAUGAUACCUCGAAUUUACAAGAUUUAGACUUUUCGACAAAAACAAGAAAUAGUUUUAGCUCUCUGUUUUAAAUCUCAAUGAUGCUUUCUGUGGUGUGUGUUUCAUAAUGGUUCCAUGAUUGUAAACAAGACUGAAUUAUAUUUUAAUACAAUAAUUCCUGAUCUUUACACAUCAGAUUAUUUUUCAGAGCUGAUAGGAUUGGUCAAAAGAUUAGCCGGUAGAAAGAUCGGAAUUGGUCUCUCAAUUCAAUUCAAUUCAAGGGGCUUUAUUGGCAUGGGAAACAUGUGUUAACAUUGCCAAAGCAAGUGAGGUAGAUAAUAUAUAAAGUGAAUCUCUCUCUGUCUAAACAAAGCCCAUGUGUGUCAGACUUCAAAUGCACAUGCCAAAUAAUCGUGCCAGAUUUUUCACCUUUAGUUCCAUUGUACCAGGCCAACUAAAUCAACUAAAUCAACUAAAUCAACUAAAUCAACUAAAUCAAAUAUUGGAUAUGUAUUUGACCAAGUCUGGUGCGUAUAGAACACUGUAUGAGAUAUCCCAAGGUCCAAUAUAUUCACUGUGCUUCUGCCUCUGCAUUGUUUGUUCAUUGAGGGUUAUAGGCUGCGUAUCUGUAAAGCUAUUGAGGGUUAUAGGCUGGGUAUCUGUAAAGCUAUUGAGGGUUAUAGGCUGGGUGUCUGUAAAGCUAUUGAGGGUUAUAGGCUGGGUAUCUGUAAAGCUAUUGAGGGUUAUAGGCUGGGUAUCUGUAAAGCUAUUGAGGGUUAUAGGCUGGGUAUCUGUUAACCACUUUGUGACAACUGCUGAUGUAAAAAAAAAAGAAAGAAAGAAAGAAAGAAGGGCUUUAUAAAAACACAUUUGAUUGAUUUAUUGAUCCAGCAAGAACCUUUUAUAGAACCUCCCACUCCGACAGAGUAAUAUGGGCUAGUAUUCAGCAAAGCAUUGGCAACGUUCCCGUGUGGAUUAAGACGCCACAUCCUAAAUU